GUUUUAUAGCAGUCAGUUGGGAAACUAUCUACACUUCUAUAUGAUGCACCAUACCACCUGACGUUACUGAACACCAUUUCGCCCCUCAGUUCUGUUUGGCAAGUCGUCAAGGAGAACGCCCAUAGUAGCUAACCUCACUUGGAAGGACGUACAGUUUGUGAUAUUGGCUGAUUGUUUGGCAAAUGGCAUCGCACCAAAAGGUCCUGGAAAGCGCGACAAGUUUGGAGAGGUUCCUAAACAGAUCCGUCAUCUUUGUUCAGGGCAUUGAUCCAAAUGCCUCCAAGUCAGAAAUCGUUCAGGUCCUCAACCAGGCUAUUAAGCAACCCCAGCAGGGCGGGAUAGACAUCCUAACCACCCCCGAGGGGAAGAACCGUGGCACGGCAUUCCUGAACUUUUCGAAAAAAGAAGAUGCAAAGACAGCCCUUGAGAAGUGGCGCUUUGGUCUGGAGUUGCGCGGCCGGCCCCUAAAAAUACAGUACUCGUCGGACCGGGAGUUUAAGGACGUGUUGCAGAGCCCGUUGGUUGCCCGUUUCAAGGUGCUCAUCCGCAACCUGCCGGAGGAGCUGGACCCGCCGGCGUUGUACGACAAGUACUCGGCGUUUGGAGAAAUCAUACAAGUCCACACCAAUCAGGACCACUACGGACAGUACUUUGCCAUCAUCCAGUACGUGGAGGUGGCCUCCGUGGCCCGGGCCAUCCAACACACCAACCGCCAAAGGGUAUACAACAAUGUGCUCAUGGUGGAGCCCUACAAACCCAACGCGUCGUACGGCCCCAUCCCGCGCAACUUUGGCGCCGCUGCAACCCCCAACGGCACCAACGCAACCGGCGCUGCCGCCUCCUCCUCGAGCAGCACCGCUGCUGGUGCUGCUGCCGGCGGCGGCAGCGGCCCUUCCGCUAGGGUCAUCGGCGGUCACAUCUCCGCCCACCAGGGCAUCACCUACGCGGCCCUGCAGCAGCAGCAGGAGCGGGAGCUGCAGGAACAGGAGCAGGAGUACCUAAGCUACAGCGCGGGUAGCGGAGGUGCUGCUGCUGCUGCGGGGGCGACGCAGAGGGCAACGGCGGACGGAACAAGCGGCGGGGGUGCGGCUGCGGCUGCUUCGUCCUCAUCUCCGGUAUCAGCAACAGCAGCAGCAACAGCAGCAGCGGAGCAGCGGCAGCAGUCCACGGGCAGCGGGAUGCUGCCGGUGCCCAGCUUCUACGCCGCACCGCCGGCCAGCCCCCCGGUGCAUUCGCUGAGCGGCGCGACGGGCAGCCUGCAGGGCCUGCUGACCGCUGCACUGACCCGCGCGCACCUGCUUGAGGAGCUUCUGUGCUGCCCCAUCACGCAGGAGCCGCUGGUGGACCCCGUGCUGGCUGCGGAUGGCAACACCUACGAGCGUAUCGCCAUAGAGGCCUGGCUGGCUAACCACGACACCUCACCGCUCACCAACCAGGUCCUGUCCACCAAGCUCCUCACCCCUAACAACCUGGUCCGCAAGAUUGCAGAGGAACUCAAGGGUUCAGGGCCGGCCGGCAGCGGCCUGGACGAGCAAGACGCUGCUGCCGGGAGCUUCGGGGAGGCUGAGGCAGCCCCGGAUGUGUUCGCGGCAACGAUGGCGCAGCAACAGACAACAACCCUGGUGGCGGUUUCGUCGGAUAGCGGGACCGCUGCAGCCCGGGAGGCGGCGGUCGUCAGGGUGGCCGUUCCGAUACCUGUACCGACGGCCGCUGCCCCGACAACCGCGCAGCAGCAACAACAGGAACAGCAGCAGCAGCCGGCGGUCACGGCUGAGUCGCAGAGCUACUACACCACCGCUCCUCAGCAGCAGCAAUCCCAGCACCCGGUGUUUGGAAUCUUCCGACACCAUGCAUCUCAACAGCAGCAGCAGCAGUUGCAGCCGCAUCCUGUGUUGGUUCAGAUCCCGCAGCUGCAGCACCAGCAACAGGUGCACUACACGCAGGCCCAGCCGCAGCAGUAUCAGUACCAGAUACCCGCCGCCAGCAUCUACGGGUAUCGCCCCAUGGGCAUGUGAGUGUGAGGGAGCAUGCGGCAUGCGGGAUUUGCUCGCUGGCUCGCUAGCUCUGGUGAAGUAAUAACAGGGGGCUUACGUCGUUACGAGGCGAAAACGCGAAGACGAGUUUGUCGUACAGUACACGUAUGGGCGCGCACGCAGCGGUUACAGCUUGAGGGCGGAGCAGCAGGAUGGGGCUGUGCGCAUGCGGUUACGGUUAGAUAUGUGUUCUUGGUGGUUUGGGGCCUUCGCCUCUUUUGCAGUGUAGGGCUGUAGGCCGUUGCCUGGAUAACUGUCUUUACCAGACGGACAUUGCUUCUUGUCCCGAAUGGAGUUGCGAUGGGAGUUGCAAACCAGGGUAACAUGCGCGGUUUACGUUAGCCCACCGCGUUUCCCAAUGUCCCGUAGUACAUGCGGUACGCAUAUUUCGAACGAUAGCACGAUGCGGACUUGCGGAGCGCUGUCGCCUCUCGCAGGCAGUGCUGUGUGAUUGGAGAGAAGAAUCUGCAUGGUAGGCUUUGGAUGUGUUCUAAUAGAUUCAUCAACGAGCGCCGUACGAUGAUUCUAGGUGGAGGCUUCCAAUUGUGUGGGGAAUGCUUACGGCCGCAGGUUUGGGCAGGGGGCAUUGUAGGUUACGUGCGCAGGCUUUGCGGUGCCGCCCAGUAUUGCUGGUAAUAACCGGUAGUAUAUGUUGCAAGGCGCAGGAUGCUUAGGCCGCUAAGCUGACGCGUAACUGGUUGAAGGACGUGUUGCGUCAGGAGUAGUUGUUUUCUCACAAUAAAGGACUGCCGGUAGACUUUGUGCGCUCUGGCGGCGAAGGUGGCGCUAUGUCCCACGGGUCUGUUGUGCCCCGUACCUCGUCUGGCUUCCAACCUGUUUACCAGACGAGGAGUCUUACGGAGUGCUGCCUAGAAGGUAUGCUGAUGAGUUGCGGUGCUUCCUACAUGACGGUACUUGAACAUGACGCCUCCAUUGACUACCUCCGCUGGGGCUAGCUGCUAGCAUUCUGUAAAAGCCCAACACGACGUUAAGGCUUUAUUAUGGAGACCC